AUGACUACCAAGGCUAAAUUUGGCGCGUCCUACCGCCCGCGCGGAUAUGGUAUCUCUCCAGCUCUUGAACGUGCCCGUCAACCCUUCCGUGUUAGAAAUGCGAUUACUGGUGGUCUCCUUUUCGCUUUUGCCACUUCCGUAUGGGCAUACAGCAUAUCCGCUGUAAAGCAGGAGGACUUUGACGAUGUUGAUGCGGAGGCAGUGAAACUUGGCACCCGACGAGCUGACCCAUCGGAGUCCUCAUCAGAAUCACCCACGAAUGCUUCUCGGCCUAACUUGCUAAAGACAGUCCAUCCUUCGCCAAGCAGCCUCCCCCUUUCGGUCCCCUCAGCGCUUAACCAGUUCCGGCCGACUAUCUUGGAUAAGUUCACCCAGGUUCGACAUCCUACCGAAGGAAACCUCCUCGUGUGGGGUGCACCACCGCUUAGCCAAAUUGGAUCUAUUUGGGAAAAUCGCGACGUAUCGUGGUGA